GGAAAAGUCUGGAUAACAAUAGACAGGGAUGUCUUAUACCUCGAUUUCUCGAAAGCGUUUGAAUCGGUAGAUCACGAUAUUCUGCUACAAAAGCUACAAAUACAUAGUAUAAAUGGUUCUCUUCUACGUUGGUUCGAAAGCUAUUUGAACGACAGACAGCAGAGAGUUGCAGCAUCUUCAUGGUCUCCUGUUACAUCUGGUGUACCGCAAGGUAGCAUUCUGGGACCAUUACUUUUCGUAAUAUUUAUAAAUGAUCUUCCCGACAAUGUAUCAUCGAGUACAAAUUCCGCAUUGUAUGCAGAUGACGCAAAAUUAUACAGUGAAAUAAGAUCAGUAGACAACUGCCAGUCGUUACAAGAAAACUUGACCAUGCUGGAAAAAUGGAGCACGAAAUCGAGGAUGAAAUUCAACACAGGAAAGUGCAAG